GUAGACUGGCGGAGUGUAUGCUGUUUAUGUUUACAUCUGUUCGGAGAGAUGGGAAAGUGCAAAUUUAGUCAAAAAUGGCUGGAAGACCCGAAAUACUCCUGGUGGCUCAGGGCUGUACCCACAGAUAAGGGCGAGGCGAGCUGCUCGGUUUGCUGCAAAGUGCUCAAGCUAGGCACAAUGGGGAUAAAGGCAGUGGAUUCCCACAUGCUUAGUGCGAAACAUGUUGCAUUCGCGAAGGCACGGCUGCAGCAGCCUGCAGCUUCAUCAAUGUUCUGCCCUGCUCAACCUAGAACUAGCAUUCAAGUUGUGUGCGGCUCUACGCCUACUCUGGAGGCUGAGUGUGCCAUGGAGCCAGUGGAGAGGAUGAGGGUCGUCUUGUUAGCUUGUGGGUCCUUCAACCCCAUCACUAAUAUGCACCUGAGAAUGUUUGAGCUGGCCCGUGACCACCUGGAAGACACCGGCCGGUACAAGGUGGUUCAAGGCAUCAUCUCGCCAGUAGGGGAUGCGUACAAGAAGAAGGGUCUGAUCGAGGCCCAUCACAGGAUCCAGAUGGCCCGACUAGCCACAGAGAGCUCAGACUGGAUCAGAGUAAACGACUGGGAGAGCCAGCAGUCUGAAUGGGUGGAGACCGCAAAGGUGGUGAGGCACCACCAUUCAGUAUUGCAAUCAACGCAUCAGAAUGAUGUCGAUGAGGUGGACACUGUGAAGACUGGUAAGAAGAGACGGAUAGAGGAUCCUGAGUGUGUGAAUGAGGGCUCAUCUAACUACUCCUCAAGGAAAGACGCGCCCCAGUUGAAGCUGCUGUGUGGGGCGGAUGUGCUGGAGUCCUUCGGCGUCCCCAACCUCUGGAAGCCCGAGGACAUCGAGGAGAUUGUGGGCCGCCACGGCCUGGUGUGCAUCACGCGCGGCGGCAGCGACGCAGAGCGCUUCAUCCAGCAGUCAGACGUGCUGUGGGAGAACCGCAGGAACAUCUUCGUCACGCGCGAGUGGGUGACCAACGACAUCUCGGCCACGCAUGUCCGGCGGGCGCUGAGGCGCGGGCAGAGUGUGCGCUACCUGCUGCCAGACCCCGUGCUCUGGUACAUCCAGCAGAGGGGGCUCUACAGCGCGGAGAGCGAGAAGAAGAACGCCGGGGUCGUGCUCGCACCCCUGCAACGAUACAGCAACACCUCAUGACCUCAACAGAGGCCAUAGACCGUGAUGGAUCAUAUUUGAAUAAAGGGUUGAGGGGUGUGGGGGGGUGCUAGCACAAGAAGUUACUUUUGGACAGUAUCACACAUGACGCACUUACGUGUAUGUGGACAGGCAAGUAAUGCUGGACAAGUUUUAAUUCUGAAAGUUUCCCAAUAAUACUCUUGAAUAUUCUCCAAAAAAACAUCCUGGCCACCACCCACUUCCAUGGCCUAAUGGUUCAUCAGGUGAUUCAGAAGGUUCACCUAGUGCUUCUUAUUUUUAAACUUUUUGUUGCUGUGUUUACUACAGAACAAUAUAAACACUUUGAAAGUUUUAUAGUUUGGCUGAAGGAAGUUUACUGUUUUGGAAAUCAUUGGUGCAUUUAAAGGUGCAGUACAGUCACGUUUACAGAAAUGCACUACUGAAGCCCAGCUCUCUCUCGCUCUCCCUUUCACUCUCUUUAUCUCUGAGAAACGGUUCACAAUGAUGCUAAGCAAUCCUGUUUUUCCUGUGCCAAACUAUCAUUUAAAAUGAUAUCGCAAUAUGCUUUGAUCAUGAUGUGCUUUGAUCACAACAAUUUUCAAUAAACACAUUGACUGCGAUGUGCA